AUGCUGCAUCUUUGCAUAGUGCAACUAUGCAAAGAAACUAGUAAACGGCCGUCAAAAGUGUUACUGUAUUUUCCACAAGAAAGGACUACUGGUAUCGCCCCUUCAAGGUUGAUUUUGGGUAAAAGCUUCGAAUACAAAGAAGGGAGCACGGUGACAGUCAACUGGGAGGGCAAGAAGACAAGCAGAGAUUAUAGCUGUGGGUGGUAAGUCUUACAACCUUUCCUUGUGAUAAUUCUUUGCUAGACAAACAAAGAUUCUGUUCAGUCAUUUUUUUCAUGGGCUCUUCACACAUCUGCAUUUAUUAUUGCGCGAACUUGCCCUCAUUGUGUCCUUGGUUACAGAUAACGAAGAGAUUCUCAAUCAAAAAGACAUUGAGUGGUCAUCCAAGUUCAUUUCCGCAACUGAACCCGAUCCAAUUUCCAAUCAGUCCAAACUACCCGUCGAAAAACAGGAAGAAAGCCAGCAGCCACGGAAAACUCAAAUCAAUUCAAGUAUUCAUAAGGUUGGUCGUGUUGAUUUCGGAAAAAAAAAAUUCCACUUGUUAACGACAUCAUAUAAUUGUCCAUUAAGUAAUAGAGAACUUGGGCUGAAUCAAAUCGAAUUAUAUUUCACGCAUAGAAUUGAUUUGAGCUGUGUAAGGAGUUAUAGUCGUUUCAUCAACGUUCAGUUCGCAGACUACAUUACACGUACUUUGAACUGUUACGUAAACUUAAGGUGGUACGUAAUAAAACUUGAGUGCGAGACGGUUACAUUCUCAACAGAAGAUUCAGAACGUAACAAGUGCAUGCAGAAAUUUGUACUGAAUUGAAAUUUAACAUUAUACCGGUUAAUUUUGUGAGACAUUCAUGAUAGUUGAAAUUACUCCUUCCGAGGUUGAUUGUAGUCUGAGUCAAUUGUAUCAAUAUGAGUCGUCAUAAAACGCCUACGAUGUUUUCUUUUUCGGGGGUCUUACAUUUGGUAUUUCGUAGUGUUUAUGAAGGUUUUUUUUUUUUCCUAGGAAAGUUCAGUGACUUUCGGGAAUCCAUAUAGUGCGUUUCUGGCUGAGCAGAAAAAGAGAGAGGUUGAAUGGGCCACUAAUCGAGCCAACAAGAAAGCGAAAUGCACGGCGACCACAGAAAAAGAUUUGGAGGCCGUAAAACAGCAGUUAGCCGCCAAGGAGCCUGAAUGUAAAACCCUGAAGGGAUAACUCGACAACAUUCAGCUUGCCAAUGUCUCUGUUGUGGAAGCUGUGCAUAACAAAGUACAAGAAAGCGUCUGCAAGGUAAGCACACUGAUCAAUGUUAAUCUGAAUUUUCAAAAAUGAACGAAGAAACAUUGCAAGAAUACCAUUGUCUCAUUUUCUACUUCAAAGAUGUAAAUAUAACUGAGGUUAUGAUUGCAAAUAGCAUGUAAGUGUUAUUUUGAUAGGUUCUUCCAAUUUCCCUUAUCACACCAAAAUUUUAGAAUUAUUUUUAACUAGUGGCGAGUAAGCAGGCUUAAGUUGUAGUAUCUUAUAAGUACCUAUGGAACUAACGCAAAUUACAUUUCUACAGAUGAUGGAGACAUUACAGGACACACUGUCUGCAAUGGAGGAUAAAGUGUCCCUUCGACUAAACAAGAUUGAACAACGUCUGGAUUCGUUAGAGAAAGUGGUAAGUAGUUGCUUUUUUUUUAUAUAAUUUGCGUAAGCUUUCGUAAAAUGGACUUGUUAGGAAAACUGCACUAGGAUACUGAGUAUCUUUGAACCGGAACAGGAAAUAGACCCUGUUUGGUGUCGUUAGUCCGAAACUAACGAGUGAAUAUCCCUACUUUCUAGUUCAGUGAUCCAAGAGUAAAUUGUGGUCCAUUUCCUCAGACCGGUAACUUGCAAACCAUCGACCACGAGGCUUUGGCAUUCAUCAGCGAUGAUCCGAUGGAAGUGUUCGAACCAGUGCCUUCAACUCCACCAGCACCAACUACCCCGCAAACACCGGCACUCCAGCCAUCAACCCUCGAGGACGACAUAGUCGGUGAAGACGUCAUACGAUCGUUGGUGACGCCCAGCAAAUCGAAAGGGGUACGAGACGUCUUGGAAAAGGAAAAAGAGAGGCACCGGUGCGCUCUGAAACUUUUGCCUUUCUUCUAUACCUCGGAAGAGCUGAGCAAAAGCUUACGAAACUUCAAGCGUUAAAGGUGCUAGUGUUUAGCCGUUUACCAAUUGAAUCUGCCACGGAGAAAGAAAAAGUGUGGAAGUCCAUCAAAAGUAAAAUUAACUCGAAGUGUCACCUUAGCAAACAUGUACAUAAGCUUGCUCGUUCCUCGUAAUAUAAAUAAAGUUGAACUG